AUGGCCCAAAGCUUUCCGCCCCAUGCGGGCAUGGCUCCCGGACACCCAGGUAUGCCCCAUGGACAUCCUAUGGCGGGAAUGCAACAUCCAGGAGCCGGGCACAUGGGAGGUCAGCCCGCACCUGGUAUGAUGCAGGGGAUGCAUCCUGGUGUAUCGGGGCCACAGGUCACACAAGGACCUAUGGUUACGGGUAUGCCUCCAGGUGCCGGCACGCCUGCACCUGGCCCUAUGCAUAACGGCACUAUGGCAAUGGCACAUCUGGGUCCCCAACAAGCCAUGUUUCAACAACAACAACAACAACAACACCAACAACAACAAAUGAACUUUGCUCAGAUGCCCAUGACGCCGCAACAGCAACAGAUGCUUGCCCGACAGCGCAUGAUGCAGCAGAUGCAACAACAGCAACAACAGGGUAUGCCCAUGGGGAUGCCAAACGGUCCGGCUUACAAUCAAGCCCAGUUGCAACAGAUGAAGAUGGGCAUGGGAAUCCAUCCACAGAUGCAAAUGAACCCGAAUAACCACCAGGUUCAGAAUUUUCAGCAACAGCAACACCAGCAACGCUUGAUACAGGCGCAACAAGCCCAAGCAGCACAUCACGCCGCUCAAAUGGCUGUCGCUCAGAAUCAAAGAGUAGCUGCCCAGCAGAUGCAAAUGUCUCGAUCUCAGGAACAACCAAAUCAGACACCGGUGUCCCAACCCACGCCUGUCCCUCAGACUCAAGCGCCACAGCAACCCGUCCCAGCUUCUCAGCCUCAACCCCAACCUUCGCAACCGAAACCUCAGCAGCAGCAGCCACAGCCACAGCCCGGAGGUAACCAUCAACAAAGCCAGCCCAACAGUCAGCAAGGGAAGACGAGUGUGCCGGAGGAAGAACCGGCCAUCAAGCAACAACAACAGCAACACCACCCCCACGACGUGGCCGCGACCAUGCUCAUGCCGGAGGUGUCCAAACCGGAUGUGAUGAUGGGAGGGCAGUGUAUUCUGCAACUCAUCAUGUAUCAGGACACAUUGGCCUACCCGGACAGACCUAAUGACCUGGAGUACUGGGAGCAGACCAUUGCACGGUACUUUUCGCCGUUCGGAUCGAUACGACAACAGUUGUUCAGCAGUAAGAAUGGUGACAAGUCCUUCCAGCUUCAGUUUCCGUCCCUGGCUCGCUACUAUCACACGCACUUUGCGAGCGGCGUGAAACAAAUUCUGUUGCAGUCGUACGACCACAACCAGAGCAAACUGCCGAAUGGUGGGGUCCAUAUAUGGAGCAGCAAUGCGAGUCUGACCUAUGUCUUCCACAACGACAUCCGGGUGACGACGACCGGACAGCUGCGAGUUGUCUUCGACGAAUUGGCGAAGAUCGAACAUCUCAACAUUAGCACGUCUGGCUGGCAGGAAUAUAUUCCUCGAAAUGUGCUCUUGCAGCCGCCGUCGCCUGAAACGAAACAAAGUCCCAAGAUCAACAAAAAUGUCAAACGCGCUCAAGGAAAGGCAGCCGGAGCCAGUGCGCCGCCCAUUAUUCCUAGCUCUGGGGUUGGCGACUGGGGAGUGCCAAACCAUGUCUUCCAAUUUCUCGAGGUUGCGGAAGUGAUGACCGCCAUGGGGCCGCUCAUGGAGUAUUUCCAUACUCAUCCCGGAAUCGGCAUCAAGGAGACAUUAUACCGGGUCACCCACGAAAAUGCCCAGGCCAUGGCUCAGGUUAACAAUGCGCGAAUGCAGAAUCACAUGGCCCGCACCGCCAACGGUCAAGUGCAAUACGCCAACCCAAUGAACCCGGGCAUGAACGGUCCUACAAUGAUGAAUUCGCCUGGCAUGGGACAUUUGGGAGUUCCUCAAGCCCAGGGGUCGCCGCUUAUGGGAGGUCCUGUACAUACUCCGAGCCCAGCACAAAACCCCGCGGCAGGCGGCGUGGCGAUGAUGCACCAGAUGAGUGCUCAGGGAUCCAAUCUUAGCGGAAGUCAGGGUCCCAGCACCAACACCAGCCCUAACGUCUCGAACAAGCGGCGCCGUGCAAGUGCUGUCAAGCUUGAGGAAGAGAAUGCUGGCGGGGAGUCCACCGGGGCCAACAAAGUCAAGCCCAGCCCCAAGAUUGGGGGAAAAAGGCAAAAGGGUGCCGCGGGUGCUUCAUGA